AAUGCGAGCAACCUGAGCUUUGCAUGAAGCUGGAAACAUAAAUAAAAGUACAUAUUAUACCAUAUGUUAAGCUGCGUCAGCUGCAUUGCGCUUGCCUGAAGUCUGAGCUGAAUGCAUCAAUAAUAAUUUGUAGAACAGUUUUAAAUCACUAAAAUGUCGUCCUCCGGCGAUGAAAGAAUCACGGACGAGGUGCAAGCAUUAGAAGCAAUUCUGCUGAAAGAUGUGGUAGUAAAACGCGUUGGAGAUGUCCCAAAAUACAUAAUUGAAACGAUCAUCCAUCCGUUGACGGGGGAUAAUAUCGAUCAGCAAUAUGUAUGUGUGACUCUGGAGGUGGGGUUGUCUUCUGGCUAUCCAGACACCAGCCCAGAAGUAGCGCUCAAAAACCCUAGAGGUCUAGAUGAUAUGAUUUUAGACACUAUCAACACACAUAUUCAAGACAAAUUGAAAAAUAAUUUGGGACAACCAAUAGUGUUUGAACUUAUUGGAAUCGUACGUGAUCAUCUGACUAAGAGCAAUCUUCCUCGUGGCCAGUGUGUCAUAUGCCUAUAUGAUUUUGUCGAUGGUGAUUUGUUUAUAAAGACGCAAUGCUACCAUUACUUCCACAAUCAUUGCCUUGCAAACCAUUUCAUCGCUGGCAAGAAAUAUUAUCACGAGGAACUUGAGAAACUACCUACUUGGCAACAGAUGCAAGUGCCACCUUACCAGCAAACAUGCCCGGUGUGUCGUUGCACGGUAUCCUGUGACGUGGACACUUUAAAGGAGGCUCCCCCACCAAAGAGCUCCCUGUCGGCACCACCGUUCCGCUUGACAGCUGAACUAAAAGAACUCCAAAUGAAGAUGGCCGAACUGUUAGCUGUGCAAGUUGCUAAGGGCGGGGUCGUCGGUAUGGGCGACAAUGGGCCCCCUGCUGACCAUCACAACCACACCCACUACUGA